AUAUGCAACUCUGUGUCCUGUCCACCCAGCCCCCACAUUGCACAACAACUUACCCCAGCUUUACCUACUAAUAAGCAUGCUUAAGCUUUUAUCACAUCAGCAACCGCUGUUUAAGCAGCAGCUCACAUCCCUUGCUAUUCGGAGCACACACACUGCCGCUCAGAAGAUUCCCAAGGAUCUGCUUCGUGAGCUUCAGGCAACACGACCAGCGCCUAUGCGCGAUGAGUUCCUUGGUUCCAACAAACUCACAACCGACGAUCUCGAGAAAAUGGAUAUCGACAAGGCCAAGCACCAUGUUCCGGAGACACUGAGUGACAAGUUUGCCUAUCGCAUGGUCAAGACGCUCCGUCUUUUGCCCGACACAUACUUUGGUCGCGACCACUACAUGCGUGCUGUCAUGCUCGAAACCAUUGCUGCAGUUCCAGGCAUGGUCGGUGGCAUGCUAAGACAUAUGCGAUCACUGCGGAACUUAUCUGAAGACAACGGCUGGAUCAUCCACUUGCUCCACGAGGCGGAAAACGAACGAAUGCACUUGAUGACCUGGAUGAAAUGCUUGCAGCCAAGCUUGUGGAACCGAUUGCUUAUUUUGGGUGCCCAAGGCGUCUUUUUCAACAGCUAUUUCUGGCUUUACGUGUUCUCGCCCAAGACAGCCCACCGUAUGUGUGGCUAUCUGGAAGAAGAAGCCGUAGUUUCGUAUACCCACUUUUUGGACGAUAUUGAUGCGGGUCUCCUGCCGAACGGCCCGGCUCCUCCGAUCGCGAUUGAUUAUAACCUUCACCCACAUGCAUCCAUCCGCGAUGUUGUACUAGCUGUACGCGCUGAUGAAUCUUUGCAUCGUGACGCUAACCAUCACUUAUCAGAUCGAAUUGCAUCCAAUCGUGAAGAUAUUCUUGCCGAUAUCAAUGCAAUGAAACUCGACGAACUACGAUCUGCAAGCCCUAUAAAAUAAUUAGUAUAUUACAUCAAAACCACUGUCAUCCCAUAUCAUCAAGCAUAUAGUCUCUGGUACAAUAGCUAGUCAACUUUGAUAAUAGCCUGCACCCCAAUCAUCGAAUUAUAACCUGUAUAUAAAAUCAUUCAGCAUCAAGCAGCAGCAAUAAUAAAAGCAAUCAUGUGUAGACAAUCUUCA